AACUUCGGUGUCGUGUUUUCUUUGUUUCAACAUGCGUGAGAUUGUUCAUAUACAAGCGGGUCAAUGUGGUAACCAAAUCGGUGCCAAAGUAAGUGGGAUUACAGGUUUUCAUUGUUAAUCUUGUGAUUACUUGUUGGCAUUUGCUUACUCGUCAUCUUUUACUUUUUUCGCUACAGUUCUGGGAAGUUAUUUCCGACGAACAUGGCAUCGAUCCAACUGGAACAUACCAUGGUGACUCGGAUUUACAACUUGAGCGAAUCAAUGUUUACUACAAUGAAGCAUCCGGUGGCAAAUAUGUUCCACGAGCUAUCUUAGUGGACUUAGAACCGGGCACAAUGGAUAGUGUUCGUGCAGGACCUUUCGGUCAACUUUUCCGUCCUGAUAAUUUCGUAUUCGGACAGAGUGGCGCUGGAAAUAAUUGGGCCAAAGGUCAUUACACUGAAGGAGCGGAACUUGUGGAUUCCGUUUUGGACGUGGUCAGAAAAGAAGCGGAAUCUUGUGACUGCCUUCAAGGUUUCCAACUGACUCAUUCGCUCGGUGGUGGUACUGGCUCAGGAAUGGGAACACUGUUGAUCUCGAAAAUUCGUGAGGAGUAUCCUGAUCGGAUUAUGAAUACAUUCUCGGUCGUCCCUUCACCAAAAGUGUCUGAUACAGUUGUCGAGCCUUACAAUGCAACUUUGUCGGUCCACCAACUGGUUGAAAAUACCGAUGAAACUUAUUGCAUCGACAAUGAAGCGCUUUAUGACAUCUGCUUCCGAACAUUAAAACUUACAACCCCUACAUACGGUGACUUGAAUCAUUUGGUCAGCGCGACAAUGUCUGGAGUCACUACUUGUCUCAGGUUUCCCGGACAGUUGAACGCCGAUCUUCGGAAGCUAGCCGUAAAUAUGGUACCAUUCCCGCGUCUGCAUUUCUUUAUGCCUGGCUUUGCACCGCUUACUAGCCGUGGCAGUCAACAAUAUCGCUCACUCACUGUUCCUGAGUUAACUCAACAAAUGUUUGAUGCAAAGAACAUGAUGGCUGCAUGUGAUCCGCGUCAUGGGCGUUAUUUGACAGUUGCAGCUAUUUUCCGUGGCCGUAUGUCUAUGAAGGAGGUCGAUGAGCAAAUGUUGAACGUUCAAAAUAAAAAUUCCAGUUACUUCGUGGAUUGGAUUCCGAAUAACGUCAAGACUGCUGUCUGCGAUAUUCCACCCCGUGGACUGAAAAUGUCCGUGACAUUCAUUGGCAACAGUACUGCCAUCCAAGAGCUCUUCAAACGUGUUUCUGAACAGUUCACGGCUAUGUUCCGCCGAAAGGCUUUCUUGCAUUGGUACACUGGCGAAGGUAUGGAUGAGAUGGAGUUUACCGAAGCAGAAUCUAAUAUGAACGACCUAGUGAGCGAGUAUCAGCAAUAUCAAGAUGCAACCGCCGAGGAAGAAGGUGAUUUCGAAGAGGAACUUGAAGAUGCAUAAAGCAAAAUUCAACUAAAUGUUCAGCUUAUUCCUUUCAAUAAAUCGAUUUUUUGCUUAAUUUUUUUCUAUCAUUGUGCGGCCAAGUAAAUGCACUAUUUAACGCUGGCGUCAUUUUCGUCUCAAAGUAACUACUUGUGUCGUACUAGUCUUGUUGAGUGUGCGCUCAGUCCUCGUAAGGUGUCAUGAGGUGUUUAGAUGAUUCCGUGACACUCCUCGCUACCGUCCCAUGCUUCGUUAGUUUGUUGUCAGCUAACAACGCUAAUUAGUUACUGAUAUCCAGUUAAUAGUUGGGUAUCCAGUUCGUAGUAGGCGGAGUUGAUUACCGUUUCGAAUGGACGGAGAUUAGAAUAGUGUUGCAGCGCUCUCAUGAGUAUCGAUUGAGUACGGGUUAUGGGGUGUUCUCGUUAGAUUGAAGACCACGCGUGUAUACGACAGUGAGUGGCAUUAUUCAUAUACGGUGUGGCGCUACGUAUCUGUCCAAUGUGGGGUGAGGGACGGCGUGUAUGACAUGACGAAGUCCAACCUGCCUAGUCACCAAGCUUCGUGGUGGUGUAGGUUGGUGGUCCUGUCCCCUCGUGUUAUUCUUGGUAGCUGAUUACAUUUGCUGGUCAUCGUAUGCAUGAGCUCGAUAGUGAGAGUGUUUGUCAUCAUCUUCGUUGAUGUUAGCUAUACUUUGUCGAAUGGUCUGAACGCAAACGAACAGUUAUCAAGCAGUCCACUUAUGCCUAAUAAGAUUUAACUGUCCAUUGCCCGAUAAAGCGGACAUUCCGUCGACUGAAUGAAAUAAAUUAGGUUAGCAAAUGUAGUCGUAUGUGUGUGAACGACAAUCACAAUAUGAAAGUAUAACCUGGUUCAUUGCGACUUGACUAUAGAUGUUCUGAUGAACGAAUUGGUCAAUCCAGUUGAGCUAUAUUUCCUGAAGUUGACUGGAUAGCAAUAACAGUAGAUCACAGGUCCGAGUCCCGAUUCGUAUUGCCAACUGUACUAAGUUACGACACAUUUUCAUAGUUGAAAGCAUGGGUCAACUGAAGCUGGACCACCAAGUAAAACCUGGAAGCACUGGACUAAAUAUUGUCUGAAAGGUUUAUUGUGAUGGGAGUAAGUCAUUUCUUUAGAACAGCAAAAUGUAAACAUUUCAUCAACUUAGAACUGAGAGCUAAAUCAGUUGAAGAUAAAUGAAAAUCAACUUAUCAGGGAAGUUGUACAAUUAAUAAAUCCGUUUAAAGGAAAUGAAGUACUAUCUUCAUUUUGCUGGUAACUAGGUUCAUAGAAGUAAUUCAUCAUAAGAAAAACUCGCAAACAAAACACAAAGAUGAAUCUAAUAAGAAGCUUGUUUGCGGUAGUUCAUUAUUGAAAUCCAAAAUGCCAUAGAAAUAGUUAUGUGGUAACUAGUGACUAACUUCGAGAGAGAAUUUCCGGAGUUAUAGUGAGAAGCCAUGACCAUUGGAGCUCAACCGUAUUGAGCUUGAGGCAGAUACCUACCGAAGACAAUGGAAGAUAGUCGCGUAAUAUCGUGGAUCGACUAAAGUUAGUCAUUAACGCCGUUGAACCCCGAUUCAGUAGUCUUAAGGUUAGGCGUUCGCGUGCGAGAUCAAAGGUCUUGUGUUUGGAUCCUACGUGCGUGAUCGUGGGUAUACACUGCUGACGAGUCCCAUACUAGUAGGAGACGGACAUCCAAACAUGUAAAUUUCAACUAUUACUUAAUGUUAAUAAAAUCGAUAUUAAAGUAUGUGUAUGAAGAUAUUUUGUUGGCUCCCCUAUGUCUUAUAGUAUCGUUGUAAAACACUUAGACACUAUUAUUAUUAUCUCACUUAACUCUACUAUAAAUAAAUGAUAUCACCUUCUAAUUAUAAAUUUUUACUAUUUAAAGUAUCUAAAAGGAUUAUAUCAUUAA